AUGGGGCCGCCACAAUGGUUUCGCAAGCGCAACGCCGACGGCCAAACGGCUCCCGUCUAUAGAUCCUCGAAUAAUCAGCUUCCCAUGCUGCACCUCGCCGACACAACGCGGAACAAUUUCAUCGCCGCCGUCGGGGAAUUCGUGGGAACCUUUCUCUUCCUCUUCUUCUCCUUCGCUGGGACGCAGGUGUCUAAUACCCCAAAACCAGUGCCCGGGUCUCCUCCAAACACUCCAAACCUGCUAUACUCCUCGCUCUGCUUUGGAUUCUCGUUGAUGGUCAAUGUGUGGGCAUUCUAUCGAGUGACUGGAGGUCUAUUUAACCCCGCAGUCACUUUGGCCCUGUGUCUGGUUGGUGGACUGUCUCCCGUCCGAGGGGUUAUUGUUUUCGGGGUUCAGCUCAUCGCAGGCAUUGCGGCUGCUGGUGUCGUGAGUGCUUUGUUCCCAGGCGACUUGAACGUCGGCACUCGUCUGGGCGGUGGCGCUUCAAUCUCACAAGGAUUGUUCAUCGAAAUGUUUUUGACGGCUCAGCUGGUGCUCAUUAUCAUCAUGCUGGCUGUUGUGAAACAUAAAUCCACCUUCCUGGCUCCUGUGGGCAUCGGCCUGGUGUUUUUCGUGACUGAGAUGGUCGGGGACUAUUAUACUGGCGGCUCACUCAACCCGGCGCGAUCGCUCGGUCCUGACGUCAUCAACCGCAGUUUCCCAGGGUACCAUUGGAUCUACUGGGUCGGUCCGUUGCUGGGAAGUCUCCUCGCAUGCGGCUUCUUCACCUUCCUCAAGAUGUUCCAGUACACCACCGUCAACCCUGGCCAAGACUACAAUGAAUGGGAAGCCAAGAUGGGUUCGGGAGGUCCCGGAUCGUGGGACAUGUCGAUGCACCGUCCCUCAUAUAACUCCGAGGCUACUACAGUAGAGCAGCCGCAAUCCCCAACGGCCGGCCGGAGGAAUCACACCCCGACCAACUCACAACUGCAGAACAACCCUAAUAUUCCCAAUAUCCCUCACGGAGCAGAGCAGGUGUAGUCAAUCGGGUGUGACGGGUUAAUGGUGGAAAUUGACGAGGCGCUAGGGAGUAUAAGGUUGACAGCAACCGGUUAAUUACGUAAUUACUUUCUCGGUGUACCUUUUUUUCUGGUUAAUAUUUUCGUUUGAUGUUCUGGCCAUGUUCCAUGAGAAUUUGUUCAACGACUGCUCAAGGGUUGGCACGGUGGCGUGGUGGUUCAUGUACGGAGUACCAUUCGAGGCAGAUUGACCAUCUCCGCGGGGAGCUAACUAUCUCCGCGGCUCUGUAGUCCAACAACUCAAC